AGAGCCUAAACAUUUGCGAUUCUAGUAGCACCUUGGAAGCGCUGCUGUUUAAGAGACGGAAUUGAAAAGGCGAAACGAUGAAGUUCGCGGUCAUGUCGGGGACUAUUUUGACCCUUCUUUGGGGAUGUCAUCCAAGUCUAAGCCAGGAAGUCGAGGGGUUAUUUCCACGAGUCGUCACACCUCUGGGGUAUAUCGAAGGAUAUUACAAGAUUUCUAAUAACGGUCGGCGAUACGAAGCCUACGAAGGAAUCCCCUACGCUGAAACACCGAUCGGAGAACUGAGGUUCAGGAUCGCAAAAAGCAUCUCACCCUGGGCGGGAGUCUUGAUGGCGAAACGAUUCGGACCGCCCUGUUUGCAGUACAAUCAUUUCGGCGUUAAUCAUACCAAGAGGGUCGACGGCUCCGAAGACUGUCUUUACAUGAAUAUUUACACCACGAUUGCGGAUGAUGAUCGGUAUAAAAAAAUCAUCGAGCCAAGCCACUUGCUUCCGGUUGUAUUCUUCAUUCACGGAGGCGCAUUUCAAUUCGGAAGCGGAUCCGACUACAGAUCCAAGUAUUUACUCGAUAGAGAGGUCACCCUGGUUACCUUUAAUUACAGACUAGGACCAUUCGGUUUCCUGAGCACGGAGGACGCGACGGUCCCUGGAAAUAUGGGGCUCAAGGAUCAGGUAAUUGCGCUACGCUGGGUUGCCGAUAAUAUUCAACACUUCGGGGGGGAUCCGUCGAGGAUUACGAUUAUCGGACAGAGCGCCGGGGGAGCUAGUGUGCAUUACCAUUACCUCACGAAUCUCAGCGCAGGCUUGUUCAAGGGCGGAAUGUCACUGAGCGGGACUGCAUUGGAUUGCUGGACGCAGACAGAAGGAGCUUUGCAAAAGACGGAGAAACUGGCAACAAUCGUGGGAUGCCCGUCAGAAAAUGUUCCAGCCAUGGUGGAGUGUCUGAGAACCAGACCAGCGCAGCAGAUCGCCAAAGCUGUUGGGGAUUUUAUGCCAUGGCUUUACAACCCCUUUACUCCAUUUGGACCAGUGGUCGAGAAGGGUGGGAGUGAGUUUACGUUCAUUGAUAGGUCUCCGAUUGAAAUAAUAAAUUCUGGACAAGUGCAGGACGUUCCAUGGAUCACGAGUAUUACAAGCGAGGAGGGCCUCUAUCCAGCUGCUGAUUUUACAGCCAAUGAAAAGCUUCUCAAACAGCUGAACAACAACUGGGAAUCAAUUGCGCCUCAUCUACUCGACUUCAAUUAUACGGUUUCAAAAUCUGAACGGUCAGAUGUUGCUAGACUAAUAAGGCAACAUUAUUUGGGAACAAAACCAAUUGACAAAUCUACUGUCAAGGAAAUCGUACAAAUGGUUGGCGAUCGGUUGUUUGUGUACAAUGGUAUCGAGGCUGCAAGACUUCAAGCUCGGGUCAACCAAAGUCCUGUACGAUUUUAUUAUUUUUCGUACAGAGGAGCUCACAGUUUAAGUGAAUCGAUGAGUCGUAGUACUCAAGACUUUGGCGUCUCUCACGGAGAUGAUCUUGCAUACGUAAUGCAAUCGUUCUUCGAUCCCACGACAACACAAGAAGAUCGGGAUAUGCAAGAGAAGCUUCUUGAUCUCUGGGUAACUUAUGCCACUGAAGGUGUUCCCAAUGUUGGUAUCGAUUGGCCCAACUUAAGCAAGUCGACAGACGAAUUUCCCUAUCUGUACAUUGCAGGAGCGAAAGAAUUCAGUGUGAAGUACACACCGAACUAUGGAGAGAAGAAAUUUUGGGAUAGCCUGAAUUUUUUUGAAAACGUAAUGCCGUCAAAAAAUGUUGAGGAACACAAGAAAAUCGAGUUGUAAAUCUAUGCUUGGCAGGGGCUGCAUAUUUAAUAUGUAAGAUUUUUUGAAUGCAAUUGCCAAUUAAUUUGUUUAAACCUAUUUGUGAAACAAAUAAUGUUUCAAACACUAAAUAUACUUACUGAUUAAUGUUUACAACGAAAAGUGUUGAUUACCAACAAAAAAAAUGUACAGUGAUAAUAAAAAUCAGUUUUGUCUCUGAUCGUCUUAGGGAAUAAACAAAAAACACACGUAA